UUGUUCGUUUUUGUCAAUCUCCGAUCAUCCAAAAUCUAUCCCACAAAUUUGUGGACUAGUAGUAGUAGCUUGGUGUUUAGUAACCAACUUUUUUAUGAGUCUCAUCCUUCAAAUUUGAUCAUAUCUUGAAAUUUAAGAAAACAUAUAUUUAUCAUAUCUUUUUUCUUUUACGAAAACCCCAAUGAAAAUUAAGAAAAGCGUAUUAGAGAUAUACACAAACCGCACGUCAGGGUCAGGCGAGUAAUAUCCACACGCUCGUUAUUAUAUAUAUAUAAGUCCCCGCGGAAAUCGUUGAAUAUAUUUUGCCAAGGCUUUGUGUGCGACCUAGUCUUCUUCUUGGUCGUCGUGCUCUCCUUCUCUCUUUUUCUUCUUCUUCUUCUUGGAGACCUCCUAAGCAUAGAGAAGAAAACUCUCAAUCUUCGGAUCUUUCUUCCGAACGAACGAGAGAGAGAGAACAUGGCGGCUGUCUCACCUUUGGCCAAGUUUAAGUUGGUGUUCUUAGGUGAUCAAUCUGUCGGAAAAACCAGCAUCAUCACUCGUUUCAUGUAUGACAAGUUCGACACUAUUUACCAGCCUACCAUUGGGAUCGAUUUCCUUUCGAAAACAAUGUACCUCGAAGAUCGAACAGUUCGUUUGCAGCUUUGGGAUACAGCUGGACAAGAAAGAUUCAGGAGUCUUAUCCCAAGUUACAUCAGAGAUUCUUCUGUUGCCAUUGUUGUAUAUGAUGUUGCCAAUAGGCAAACGUUUCUGAAUACCUCGAAAUGGAUAGAGGAUGUACACAGAGAAAGAGGUCAAGGCGAUGUUAUUAUUGUUCUUGUUGGAAACAAAACUGAUCUUGUUGAUAAAAGGCAAGUAUCAAUCAGUGAAGGAGAAGAUAAGGCUAAAGAGUAUGGACUGAUGUUCAUCGAGACCAGCGCAAAAGAAAAUUUCAACAUUAAGGCUUUGUUUCGAAAGAUUGCUGCAGCUUUACCUGGGGUGGACUCAUAUUCAUCGGUAACAAAAUCAGAGGACAUGGUUGACGUGAAUCUAAGGACCACUUCGAAUCCAUCACAAGGUGAGCAAGAAGGAGGAGGAGGCUGUUCUUGUUGAUUCAGCAUCAUACUCUAUUAAAGAAAUUUGUGAAGCAAAAAAAAAAGGGAGCAAGAUAGUUUUGUGAUUUUCAUCUUAUCAGACAUUAACAGACACAGAAUAUAAAAACAUUAAAGAGAAAAAGGAUUAAAUCAAAUGUGAUGAUAGUAUCACGGAAGUAAACCUUCUUCUACAUCAGUGGGAACUAUUUUAUAUAAGUGAAUCUUUGCCUUGUUCUGUAGUUAGACACCCAAUCAAACUUGUAACACAAUACGAAAAGUUUGUGUGCCUUUCAUCUCUUAGACGUUACCAUUAACAUAUUAUUCUUUGAUUAUUUGCAUACAAUUAUCUGUUAA